GUACAACACUUUUGAUUUAUACUUUUCCAGUAUUGUUCAUAGCUUCUCUUGGGUGUAUCUACCUCCAUAUAGUCAAAAAAGCAAAUGAUUCCAACAUGGAUAGAUGUGACAAUAGGAAUGAUGAUAAAGGAGGUAAGGAAACAAUAUGGAAGCGUCCAUUUAUUGUAAAAGGGCCUCUUGGAAUUGUUUCUGGAACAGAGGUAGCAAUGUUGUUAAUGUUUAUUGGACUCCUACUUUGGUCCUUUGCUUCUUACUUGCACAACUUCUUUGCUCUAAUCACACAAAAAUCAGCAGCACAAUUUGGUGUAAAACUAUGGGAAUUGAAACUGGAGGACGCAGGACUAAUAUUGGGUUUGGUUGGUAACAUAUGCUUGGCAUUCUUGUUCUUUCCUGUGUCACGUGCCUCCCCCGUGCUUCCACUUCUUGGCCUCACCUCUGAGAGUUGCAUUAAAUACCAUAUAUGGCUUGGACAUUUGGUUCUCACUUUCUUCACAGCCCAUGGCGUUUCCUACAUCAUUUUUUGGGCUGCCACCAACCAAAUUUCUCAGAUGGUGAAAUGGGAGAAAAUUGGGAUAUCAAAUGUGGCCGGAGAGAUUUCAUUGGUAUGUGGUUUGAUCCUAUGGAUUGCAACAAUUCCUGGCAUUAGAAGAAAAUUCUUUGAGCUUUUCUUCUAUGCUCACUACCUCUACAUAUUCUUCAUGCUCUUCUUCAUCUUCCAUGUUGGAAUUUCCUAUGCAAGCAUCAUGCUCCCUGGUUUCUACAUCUUCAUGGUUGAUCGUUUCCUAAGGUUUCUUCAGUCAAGAACCCAUGUUCAUUUGGUUUCUGCUCGUGUCUUGCCUUGUGAUACCAUAGAACUCAACUUCUCUAAAACCCUUGAGUUAAGUUACACUCCCACAAGUGUUAUGUUCAUAAAUAUACGAAGCAUAUCAAAGCUACAAUGGCAUCCAUUCACCAUUACUUCAAGUAGCAAAUUGGAGCCAGAAAAGCUUAGUGUUGUUAUUAAGAGUGAAGGAACUUGGUCCAAAAAAUUGUACCAAAUGCUCUCAACACCUACAAUUGAUCACAUUGAUGUAUCUGUUGAAGGCCCUUAUGGACCUGCAUCAACCAAUUAUCUAAGGCAUGAUUCACUUGUUAUGGUUAGUGGAGGAAGUGGCAUAACACCUUUUAUCUCCAUCAUUAGGGACUUAAUUUAUCUUAGCACCACAUUCAAGUACAAAACCCCAAAAAUACUCCUAAUUUGUGCAUUCAAGAACACUUCAUCUCUCUCAAUGUUAGACUUGAUCCUCCCAAUUUCUGGCACCCCAUUUGAAAUUUCCAAUUUGGAGUUACAAAUUGAAGCCUACAUCACAAGAGACAAGGAGUUCAAAUCAAAUACCUUAAUCAACCUUCAAACAAAAUGGUUCAAACCUAAUCCAAAUGAUGCCCCAAUAUAUGCCAUAUUAGGCCCAAAUAAUUGGCUUUGGUUUGGAGCUAUAAUUUCAAGUUCUUUCAUCAUUUUUCUUAUUUUAAUUGGGAUCAUUACACGUUACUACAUUUUCCCUAAAGAUCAUAACACAAAUGGAAUAUUCUCAUACUCUUUGAAGGCUUUAAUUAACAUGCUAGUAAUGUGUGUGUCCAUAGCCAUAGUUGCUAGUGUAGGUGUUCUUUGGAACAAGAAAUUAAGUGCUAAGAAAGGAAAUAAUCAAGUUCAACAUUUGGAAGGGUUAUCACCAACAGUGUCACCAAGCUCAGUGGUUUAUUACAAUAAUAAUGGAGGGAAUCAUAAUGUGGAAUUGGAAAGCCUUCCAAGCCAGUUAAUUGCUCAGGCUACCAAUGUUCAUUAUGGUGAAAGACCUGACCUAAGAAAAAUACUAUUUGAAAUAAAAGGGUCAAGCGUGGGAGUUUUUGCUUCAGGACCCAAGAAAAUGAGGCAAGAGGUUGCAGCUAUAUGCUCAACUGGUUUAACUGAAAAUCUACACUUUGAGUCCAUUAGUUUUAGUUGGUAAUUUUAUAUUAUAAUUUAUAAUCAUAUUAUAUGUUAAAAACUAAUAC